UCAUUUUAGACAACCUAAACCUAAUCCCUAAAAAUCCUCCACCUUGUCUCGUCCCCACCGCCGGUAGCCUCUCACCUUCUUCCACGGAUCGCCUCUGGCUCCAACCAUCAGCUCCCACACGCUCUCUCUCUCUCAAACUCCACAUCGGACCAAUCCCGAGGCCUCCCCUUGAUCCACAUCCAUCCAGGCGGCCAAACCCGUAGAACAGAGCAGCUUUGCUCGAUUCCAUGCGUGAGCAUGCGUACGGGAACCUCGUUGGCGUUCUGCUAGAGGAGCUCCGCCACCAUCGCAUAGCCCUGCCGCCACCAACUCAGUGAGGUCGUCCGAGCCCGUGCGUCUCUGUCCGCAUGGCCCCUCCCGUGCUUCUUCGCCAGGCGGACACCCCCAGCCUCUCCGGCUCCGUCACCGUACAGAGAACCGCGCCGCAGCUCUCUGUCAUGGCCAGCCCGAUGGAGCUCCGCGCCGUCGUUGCCGUGGUCGAUCUCGAUGAACCCCACCAUCGGGAAUGGAGCAGACGCCCCGGGUCCGCCUCCCUCAACCUCGCCCAUGCCCGUGUGGACCCGUCGGACCUCGCCGCCAGGGCCCCCAGAGCCGUCGUGCCCGGUUCCAGCAUCUGCAUCGAGCAGAAGAGGACAAUGGCUCCGCGUCAACCGUGCGCCUCGCCCUGGACUGCCGCGAUGUUGGAGUUAAAUACGACGGCGUAUACUCAACAAUCAACUUAGCACACUAGGAUUGGAAUAUGUUACCAAAUACUAGGAUUAAUAUUGACUUGCUGGUCGGUCCGGUGCUACUAGCCUACCUGUUAUAUACUUCCUCCGUUUCUAAAUAUAAGACCUUUUAGAAAUUC